UCGUGCCCCUCGGGAGGCACCGAGCUCCGUCGUCUCGUUUCCGGCGGUCGCGCGCUCUUUUCUCGGGACGGUAGAGCCUGUGUGAGCGUCGCCGUUACUCUGAGGAGAGGACUGUUGGUAUUGGCGAAGUCGAAGUUAGAGAGGACUGGGAGGCACUUUGCUGUCUUCAAUUAAGUUAAGGGUGUAAAAAUGCAGAGCAACAAAACCUUUAACUUGGAGAAGCAGAACCAUACUCCAAGGAAGCAUCAUCAACAUCACCACCAACAGCACCACCAGCAGCAACAGCAGCAGCCACCACCACCACCAAUACCUGCAAAUGGGCAACAGGCUAGCAGCCAAAAUGAAGGUUUGACUAUUGACCUGAAGAAUUUCAGGAAACCAGGAGAGAAGACAUUUACCCAACGUAGCCGUCUCUUUGUGGGCAAUCUUCCCCCUGAUAUCACUGAGGAGGAAAUGAGGAAACUAUUUGAGAAAUAUGGGAAAGCAGGAGAAGUUUUCAUUCAUAAGGAUAAAGGAUUUGGCUUUAUCCGCUUGGAAACACGAACCCUUGCGGAGAUUGCCAAAGUGGAGCUGGAUAAUAUGCCCCUCCGUGGAAAACAGCUGCGUGUGCGCUUUGCCUGCCAUAGUGCAUCCCUUACAGUCCGAAACCUUCCUCAGUACGUGUCUAACGAACUGCUGGAAGAAGCCUUUUCUGUGUUUGGCCAGGUGGAGAGGGCUGUCGUCAUUGUGGAUGAUCGAGGAAGGCCCUCAGGAAAAGGCAUUGUUGAGUUCUCAGGGAAGCCAGCUGCACGGAAAGCUUUGGACAGAUGCAGUGAAGGGUCUUUCCUGCUAACCACAUUUCCACGGCCUGUGACUGUGGAGCCCAUGGACCAGUUAGAUGAUGAAGAAGGACUUCCAGAAAAGCUGGUUAUAAAGAACCAGCAAUUUCACAAGGAGCGAGAGCAGCCACCUAGAUUUGCACAGCCUGGCUCCUUUGAAUAUGAGUAUGCCAUGCGCUGGAAGGCUCUCAUUGAGAUGGAGAAGCAGCAGCAGGAUCAAGUGGACCGCAACAUCAAGGAAGCUCGUGAGAAGCUGGAGAUGGAGAUGGAGGCUGCCCGCCAUGAGCACCAGGUUAUGCUGAUGAGGCAGGAUUUGAUGAGGCGCCAAGAAGAACUUCGGAGAAUGGAAGAGCUACACAACCAAGAGGUCCAAAAACGAAAGCAACUGGAGCUCAGGCAGGAGGAGGAGCGUAGGCGCCGUGAGGAAGAAAUGCGGCGGCAACAAGAAGAGAUGAUGCGGCGACAGCAGGAAGGAUUCAAGGGAACCUUCCCUGAUGCGAGAGAGCAGGAGAUACGGAUGGGCCAGAUGGCUAUGGGAGGUGCUAUGGGCAUAAACAACAGAGGUGCCAUGCCUCCUGCUCCUGUGCCAGCUGGUACCCCAGCUCCUCCAGGACCCGCCACUAUGAUGCCAGAUGGACCCUUGGGACUGACCCCACCAACAAGUGAACGCUUUGGCCAGGCCGCUACAAUGGAAGGAAUUGGAGCAAUUGGUGGAACCCCUCCUGCAUUCAACCGUGCAGCUCCUGGAGCUGAAUUUGCUCCAAACAAACGUCGCCGAUACUAAUAAAGUUGCAGUGUCUAGUUUCCUGAAUCCCUUAAAAGAAGGAACCCCUUUUGGACUAGCCAGAAUUCUACUUGGAAAAGUGUUAGGGAUUCCUCCCGAUAGUUAGGUCUUCCCUGCCUGUACUACUCUAGGGAGUAUGCUGGAGGCAGAGGGCAAGGGAUGGGUGAUAUUUAACAAAUCAGUUCUUUGUGAUACAUUGUUUAAUCAGUUCUCUCGGAUGCAUUCCUGAAAUCUCAAAACAUAACUGUUGAAGGCCUGGGGGGAGCCAUGGCAAAAUGGUUCCAGCUAAGAGUCCCAUUAAUCUUGAUCAUUCCGUUUUUUUGUCCAUUGUGUUUUUAUUUGCUUUCUUAUUCUCAUACCUCUUAAUCCCAGAGACACUGCCACAUAUGCUACAAAAAAUCAGACAUCUCCCAGUGACCUUAGCCCCUUUGCUCCAUUUGCUUCCCAGUGAGAAUUCAGGCAAAU